UCAGAGUGGAGUAUGUUUGCGCAUUUCGAGAUGUGGAGGGUGUGUGUGAGUGUGUGUGUUGAGGUAAUGAGGGGGGCGUGCGUUGGGUUGUGAGUACAGCCCUCACACUGAAGCCUGCAGGGAUCAACAGCUGGAUCAGCAGUCCGCCUGACCCUCCGCGCUGCGCUGCAGGAUGUUGCAAGAGGGGUCAUCACAGUAAGUCAGUGUAGUAGUGAAAUGUUCAUGAUGCCUUCACUGUCGGGGGUCGGAUGGACCGUCUUCUGUCUCCUGCUCUGGAAGAGAACGACUGCUCAAAGUGUGCAGGUGCGAUGCUCGGUGGCACCAGUGGGGGCGCUACACCCUGUUCAGGGUCUGCUGGAGAGGUUUGAGGCUGGUCCGGGCUGUGCUGCUCGAGAACGCGGGGACAAGGAAACUCAUGUUAUUGCAGUGGGGAGAGUAACACACAGCCCAGAAAACAAGGUGACAGUGUUGCUGAAGCCUUUGUCUCUGCCCCCCUCACCUCUCAGAGUCCUCCACCUGCUGCUCAGCUCCAAGCUCCCAGUCAGCUGGUGGCUGGAGGCUGAGAGACUGACCCCCAACCUCCCAGUGCUGGUGCAGGUAUCUUCAAACUCCAGCGUGCACUCCCGCACCCUGCGUUUGAAUGUCCAAACGGUGCGUUCACUGCCUUUUCAUCCACAUGCUCUGCACCGCUGGGCUCUGAAGCACCACGGCAACCUGUCUUCUCUGACGCACACAACACAUGGAAAUCGAGUCUACGUCCCACUGGGAGAAGAUCCCACCCUGCCUCCUGUGUGUCAUCUGCAGUCCAUGUUCCUUUCUCACAACUACGUGACCUCUGAGCUGCAGCCACAGGAAGUGCAGGGCUGCGCUGACAGACCAGCAGGUGGGCUCAGCCCUGAAGUCCAUGUGAUCAAGCUCCAUUCAGCGGGUUCAGGGCUCUGUGGUUCUCUCCAAGUGGAGGUGAUUGUCUCUCUUCUGCCCCUAGUGGCCAACUCAAAACCCCAGACAGUUGUGUUGAUUCUCAGCAGCUCUGUGCCCGUCAACUGGGCCAUUAUGGCUCAUGGUGUCCGGGGUCAUAUCUCUGUUCAUUCCUCCAACAGUGUAUCCCCACCCUACCCACCUGAGCCUGACCUGACCCUGUCCAGUGCACUGAACUCUGACCUGUCCACCAUAUCUGACCUUCUUGUUUGGGCCCGUGAGAGUGGCUACACCAAGGUGACCUCAUACACUGAGGCUGACCUGGCCAAUCGCUUUGUGAUCCAGCUGGCUGGUGGCGUGACAGACGUGGUUGCAGUGAAGAAUCCUCUUUUUGUGAGGCCUCCCUGGGCGGAGGAGCGCAGGCUGAGGCAGUGGCUGAGCGGCGGAGGCCGAGCAGGAGGAGACCGAGAGAGUUUUACGGUGCAGUGUGAGGACGGACGCCUCAGUGUGACCAUAGACCAACACAUCCUGCAGAGCUUGUCUGUCCCUUUGGCUGCUGUGACUCUACGAGACUCGACAUGCCAGGCGCAGUCCAAUGGGAGUCAUUUCCUGUUGGUGUUCCCAGUCAUUUCCUGUGGGACUGAGGGUCUGCUCCUGGGACAGCCUCGAGGGGUGCAGUACAAAAACAUGGUGUUAUUAUGGAGAGACAGGCCUCAGACCAUUCUGGCACUCAAUGAGACCAGAAGUCCAUUAGGCAUACAUUUCAGCUGUUUGGCUGCAGCCCCCACCCUCCUUGGAUCUGUCAAUGUAAACACUCCUCAGGCAGGGCUGCUCCCCUGGGCACCCGGGGGUCAGGGGCCUGAUCCAGGACUGAGCAACCUACCGACACCCAGACACAGAUCUGGGCCUGUUCUUCUUUUGAAGCUUUUUGUCACUGAGAGCUACGAGCAGAGGCGGAUUGGCCCCUGUGUCAUAACUGCAGACCAACGUGUCUAUGUUGAGAUUUCAGCCAAAGGGCCCUUCAUAGAUGUCGUGGAGGUGAAAUCAUGUGCGGUCUCUCCUCUAUCAGACCCCAAAAAGUCUGGUUUCUGGACUGUCAUGAGCGACGGCUGUUCCUCAGACCCCUCGAUGACCCUCGCUGCAAAGACGAAUGAUGAAGAGGAAGAUGGAGAGGACGAAGGUGAUAGUGAACAGGAAGAGGAAAACGAAGAGAUAGAUGGACACGUCCCACUCAGACACAAAGUUAACAUAAGAGAAGCACCAGAAAGGAUGAAGAAGAGUAUUGCAAGUAUGGGAGAGGAGGAGGAGAUUCAGCCCCUGAGAUUUAGUUUCAUCCUGCGACCAGUUUUUAAUAACUCUAUACAGUUCCUCCACUGCAGCCUUCGUCUGUGUAUCUCUGACUCAAAAAGAGGGGAAUCCACGAGGGAAACAGAAAAUAAGGACUGUGAGGACGGCCUACGUAUCCCUCCACUUGUGUCUGGAUCAUCCAGACAUCAGUGUGAGAUCAGAAACCUCUCCAGGCCCAUGGUGGUCACCCAGCCUAUUAGUUCACUGGCACCCAAACUGCUGAGGCCCCCUGCUGGCCAAAGAAACAAGAGACUUAGUGUCUCCCAAGUGGCCACUCCAGACCCAGAGCACAGCAGCUCCGGGCUGCAGACAGGACUGGUGAUGGGAAUUGUCUGCGCUGCCUUUGUGAUGGGUGUCAGUCUGAUGGGGGGGCUGUGGUGCAUCUAUACUUACACAGGGGCAUGUCCAGCACCACUUGGAGGAGAAAGUCACUUAACAAACCAAACUCAAGAAGGCCUCACAAUCUGGAAUCGACUGUCACCGUCUCAUCAGUCCUCCAGCUUGCUGUAGAGGAUUUCCUGUAAAUCUGAGAAUGGAGAACUGGCACAGAGGUUUCUAACAGCUUGUGUGUGUGUGUGAGCGAGCACAGCUGCUCGUGUGUGUGCAGAGCCACGUUUGUGCACUUCUCCGCCAUCGUUCAUCGCCGUGCAGCAGAAAUGCAAGAGGACAGAAACAAUGUAAAUACAGUAGCACUCACUCAUCGCCGCAUUGUGGAAAGUUGUUUGGUGCUGCGAGCCAUUCUGCAUCAACUCAUUUCAAAAGGGGCAUCAAAUCAUCCCGUGGAGAGAUGCUUAUCUGGAUUGAACUCUGUUGGAGUGACUCAAACAGAAAGUUCAUCAUCAUCGCCUUUAGAGACGGGACACGAGGUCAAAGAGGAACGGAGUGUUUGAUGAGUUAUUGUUUUUACAGAGUCAUUUUCACUAUUUGUGUUGUAACUGUCAAUCAGCUGGAAACUGCAUGUAUCUGGAUGUAAACUGUUUUGUGUUUAUGUGGCCAAUAAAAUGCCUUAAACAAGCUGAGAUCCA